AUGGACUAUACAUUUGUCAUAAAUGGCGAUCCGAACAAUCGCAAAAGAAAGGCUCCUCAAGGUGCAUGCGAGACUUGCAAAAAAAGAAAGAAACGAUGCACACACGGCCUAGAAUCAGAAAACCACCAUGUUGAUGCUCGGAUUACCUCGAAUACUCCGGGCAGGACGUACAAACCUGAUACACCAUCGGUCGCGGUGGACCAUUCUACAAAUUCCAAUGACGAGCGACAACAUAGCACGCGGCCUGUGGACCAUCCAUCCAAUUCGAGAUUCAUAGGGGAUCUGAAUCCAGAGGCUAGUCUAGUAGCCGAACACGAUCCUGGCAGUGGGAAUCGCGAUAGACACGAUGUUGGUAUUUGGGUGGGCGAGCCCAGACGCCAUACCUUCAACGGCCAACACGACCAUGACCGACGCGGCAGGCAUUCUGUGGAGGCCAACACUCCAGAGAGAGUCGCGUUAGCCGAUGACGAAGGCGAAGUUCCGCCAUCCGCGUUAAUGAACAGGCAAGACCAAGAUGCUCUGAUUGACAUAUACUUUGCGAGGUUGAACCCGUUGCUCCCAAUAGUAGACGAGGCCACUUUCCGGAACACUGAGAGGAAGUCACAACCCGUGAUCUACGCGAUGUGUCUCGUUGCCUCUCGAGACUAUAACGCAAAACGCUACUUGCGCUUCUUCGAGAGCUCUGAACUGCUUACAGCGAGAGCCUUCGGGUCGAGAACGUAUGCGUUCCUACGGUUCUGCCUGUCGAUGGGGCGAGAAAGGGACAAGAUCAUCUUGAUACAGAUUUUAGCGCUAAUGUCUCUAUACUCUGAGGGACCAGAUGGGACAGUGGACGCGUCGAUGCAUCUAGCACAAGCGAUACAUCAUGGUCAGACCAUUGGAUUGCAUCUAGGACGGUCGAGCGGACACGGAGGUAGUCAGACGCGCUUGUUCUGGUGUUUAUGGAUAUUAUCAAAUUUCAAUGCUGGCUUGAAUGGAAGACCGCGACUCAUAUUGGAUCUGGACAUUGGCCUCAAGCUGGACGAAGCAUAUGAGCUCUGUGGACCGGCAACCAGGAUAUUACUCGCGAUUUCGCAGCUCCUCACUAAAAUUAUUGGGCUCUAUCAGCCUACGGCUGCGCUAGAAAUUGAGGGUAUCGAAGAAGAUUACGAGAGUUUCGAGAAUAUCUUGAACAGAUGCGAAGCGUGGGAUCUUGAGCCGAACGUCAUCACAUCCUUGGAGCUCUACUACCACGGUGUGGCGAUCAUAUCGCAUCGAGCUCGCGCUACCUCUCAACCAUCACUUCCAACGCCCUCGAGCUUACGACAAGAAUUGUCAGCACUCCAGAUCGUUACGACUCUUCGCCACAUUUCACCACAGAGUCUGGUAUCGCUACCUCUGAUUCCAUAUGGUAUUUCUCUCGCCGUAUCCACAUUCUACAACCAGCUUCGAGGUGCUCGCAGCCAGAUAAAACGUACAGCAGCUCGCGAGCAUCUUGACCAUUGCGUACAAGCACUCGAACAGCUGGGCGAAUGGUCACAGCCAGCCAAGAACAUGGCAAUGCUAGGACGAAAAGCACUGAAGCAGACUGCAAGAGUGGCCGCCGUGAAUGAUUCGCCAGAGCUUCGGCGUGUAUCUCGACCCUACGUUGGGCCUCCAGAAUGGCGACCAGCCGGACCACAACAAACUCCGCAUGAGCUGGCUAGUAUGCAACAAGGCAAUGCUUCCUCAGCAUCGAAUGGCCAACCGGCACAGCCCGACGGUUUGAGUGGCUUUGAUAUUGCAUAUGAUGGGUUGAUGGAUAUGGAUGCUGUGUUUGGCGAUUUCUUGAACAUGAAUCUGCCCGAUUUCGGAUUGCCAUUCCAAUGA